CAUUGGUUCGCCGCAUUCAUUCCUCCACUGACGCCAUCCAGGAAGAGCAGCUCUCACUUCUGCGAAGUUUGUCAGGUAGCCUAGCUAAUGGAGUCGAAAGCUAGAAGUAAACACAAGUGGCCUUAGAAUGUUAUUACGUCUUACUCACUGAUGUACAUAAGAUCUAUGAGAUGGAUGAUAUCAAUUUACACUACAGAUUCCUGAACUGGCGGCGCAGGAUCAGAGAAAUCAGGGAAGUCCGUGCUGUUCGUUAUCAAGAGCGAUACAAACGAAUGUUGAAGAAUGGAGACACGCUAAGUUACCAAGGGAACUCUGAUGAAGUUGGCUGCUACGUGGCUCCACGCCCCUUAUCAAAGGGAAACUGUUACUUCGAGGUGACCAUUAUGGAUACUGGAGUGAGAGGGACAAUUGCUGUCGGGCUGGUUCCCCAGUAUUACAAACUUGACCAUCAGCCUGGCUGGCUUCCACAUUCAAUUGCUUAUCAUGCAGAUGAUGGAAAGCUGUACAACGGCAACCCUGUCGGUCAGCAGUUUGGUCCUAAAUGUAACCGCGGUGACCGAAUCGGUUGCGGUAUCUAUGCAGAGACUUUUGAUGCCGGACUCGUCACUGUGUUUUUCACAAAGAAUGGCAAGGAGGUGGGGUCAGUGGUGGUGCCGGUGGCUCCAGAUGGGCUUUUCCCUGCCAUUGGCAUGCACUCCCUCGGCGAGGAGGUACGGUUGGACCUGCAGGCGGAAUGGGGUUCGGAGGAGGAGGACAGCGUCAUGAUGGUGGACAGCCAUGAGGAUGAAUGGGCACGCCUGUAUGAUGUCAGAGUCAGCGGGACGCUUCUGGAAUAUGUUGGGAAAGGGAAGAGCAUCAUGGACGUCGGUCUGGCUCAGGCCCGGCAGGCUCUCACGACACGAAGUCACUACUUUGAAGUGGAGAUCGUGGAUCCCGGAGAGAAGUGCUACAUUGCCCUGGGCUUGGCAAGAAGAGAUUACCCAAAGAACAGGCAUCCGGGAUGGAGUCGAGGUUCUGUUGCAUAUCACGCAGAUGAUGGGAAGAUCUUCCAUGGAAGUGGAGUAGGAGACCAGUUUGGCCCUCGCUGUUUUGAAGGGGACAUCAUGGGCUGUGGAAUCAUGUUUCCUCGAGACUACGUGCUGGAGUACGAAGAUGAAAUGGACGACUGGGAUGCUGCUGAUGUACGACCAAAGCAGGGGCGUGUCGAAAAUUUACUGUAUUUGAAUGAUGAAGAUGAGGAAGAAGGAGAUGAUCCAGAACAAGAACAUGAGGGACGAAAGGUUAUGGUGUUCUUCACCCGCAACGGCAAGAUUAUCGGCAGGAGGGAAGUAGUUGUCCCGGCCGGAGGGUUUUACCCCACUAUCGGGAUGCUCAGCAGCGGAGAAAAGGUGAAGGUGGACCUCCAUCCUCUCAGCGGAUAAUCUCCAAUCCCAGCCACAAAUGGGUGGAAAAGACCAAAAAAUUCAUGCUGAGAUUUCUGUUAUCUUUCUUAUGUUUCAAGGCACUUCAGAAUGCAAGUUUAACAUGUCUAACACGUUCACUCCAGUGCAUGUUUCAUCUAAAACGGUUUACUGUGAAACCACACAGAGGGGUUAGUGGCAUGAAAUGGCUAACAUUGGGCCUCAAAAGAACUGUUUAACUGGUGACCGAAAUAAUAUUGUACGAAGAUACAUUUUGUUUUUGAAAAAUGCAUAGAAAAUAGUAAAUUAUAUAUUUUUAAUGUACAUGUACAUAUGUAAAUUUAUGUAUUGGCUGCUAUACAAACAUUUAUUUAGCUAAAUCAAUCAUAAAUAUUAAAGGGAUAAUUCACCCAAAAAUGAAAAUUCUGUGAGUAAUUACCUCUUUAAACCCAUAAGACUUUCGUUCAUCUUCAGAACACAAAUUAACACAUAUAAAGUGAGUUUUUGAUUAAAGCUUUCUGACCCUCCAUAUACAGCAUUGAUAAAAUAGUCCAUGUGACAUUAGUAGCUUUUUGUGUGCAAAGAAAACAAAAAUAACGACUUUAUUUAAAAAUUUCUUCUCUUCCGUGUCAGUCUUCGACGUACAUUUACAAGAGUACCACGAUGCAUUUUGUGAACGCACAGCGACUGACACGGAAGACCUUAUUUUUGUUGUCUAUGCACAAAAAGUAUUCUUGUAGCUUCAUAACAUUACGGUUGAACCACUGAUGUCACACGGACUAUUUUAACGAUGUCCUCACUAUCUUUCUGGACCUCAAAUGUUGCUUUCAGGGUCAGAAAGCUGUUGGAUUUCAUCAAAAACAUCUUCAUUUGUGUUCAGAAAAAAAUUGAAGGUCUCACAGGUUUGAAAUGACAUGAAGGUAAACGAUUAAUGACAGAAUUUUAAUUUUUGGGUGCACUAUCCCUUUAAAAAACGACUAGACACCCUAGAGAAAAAAACAAGAUACGGCAUGAGGGUGUUAAUAGAUAUUAAAAAUAUUCAUAAAAUGACAAAUACAUAUCAAAAAUACAAUAACUUCACAGUUUUCCACAAGCACUCCCUCUCACAAAUGACUUGUGAAGGUGAUGAAAGCAUAUUAAGGUUAUUUUUCUUAUUUUGAAUGUCAUAUUUAAUCAAGUGCCAUUUUUUGCUAUUAUUUCUAUGUGAAAAUGAGCGGUUGAAGGGAAGGUUUGUCAGUAAAUAACAUGAAGUAAUUGCUCACUGCGACGUCAGCGGAGGAGAGUUGUAUUGUCUCCUGUUGUGUAUCUCACACUCACAUUCGUCAUCAGGAAACGCGAUUCAGCAACUCCAGACCACAAGACCGGAAAAGAACACACAGAAUCGGCAACUUCAUGUUUAUUUGUCUGCGAAUGCAUCUUAAACCAGUUACGUUUAUUUAGUUCUGGCUUUUCUGAUCAGUUUGUGGACAUUUUAUCAGAUAUUUCAGGGCAGACGCCACGUUGGAGUCAAGUCAGAGCUGUUUAUUCAGGAAUUGUCCACUGUAAUGUGAACUAGGCUGGUUCACAAAUGCCACAAGCACUUUAGAGAUGCCUAAACUUAAGCUGAUAGUCCAGCUCCAAUGCUGCGCUCUAGACUUCUCAACAGAUGCCAUUUUGCACACCUCGCUGUUGCAAUAAUGCCCUUCCUCUUCUGUCCUGUUACAUAUCUUGUAUGGAACUAAAUGGUUUCAUAUUGCAUACUUUGCCAAAUUUAAUGUCUAAUAUUAUCCCUUUCAAUAUAGUUUCUCCUUCAACAUGUCUUUGAAUUAUAUUAAAUUUUCUCUAUUGCCCUCAUUGAGGUGCCUCAGUUUCUUAAGUUGCAUCCUACAGUUUAUUAGUCAUUGGUUAUGCUCAGAAUAUGUAUCACUAUAUACUGUAUGUCUAUUUUUUUUUUUUUAAAUAAUAUCAGAAUUGGAAAUGUGUUUCCACCAAAAGAUAAAAUCUCACAAAUCAGACUUUUUUUUUUCUUGAAAUUGUCACAAAACCUCACAAUUCCCUUUUUUUUCAGAGUUAUGAGACAUAAACUCAGAAUUAAGGGAUAAGAACUCGCAAUUGUGAGAAAAACUUGGAAUUGUGAGCUGAAAUUUCAAGAUUUGUUAGUAUUCUAUGCAUAAAUGUAAAUGCUAUGCUAAGUAUCCACCUUAUUUUUCAACUGAAGUAAGCCGUUUUCUGUGAAUGUGCGAGACUUCCGGUUUAGGAGCUGCUGUAGGGAAAUACCGAGAAGCAUAUCAAACUGCAGAACAAGGUAAAACUGCGCUACGAAACAGUGUAUUCGUAAUUAAGAUAAUACAUUAAAAUAACAUGGUAAAACACACUAGUUUGCAAUAUCAAGCAGCAAAACGAGUUUUGUUGAUAUCGGAAGCCUCGCACAUUAAAUUUACAAAUGGCCGCGCCUCACGGGAAAAUUAAGGUGUAGUAUGCUAUUCUGAAUAUAGCUCUAUAACAGCCAUAGUCAUGUUUGACUGGACGCAUGGGGUUUCAAAGCACCUGCAGCAUUGAAUAAUGACCUUUGGUUAAUUCAUCAAGUUCCUCAGUGAUUUGUAACACCCUGCAUGUUUAUAGUUUAUUUUCUGCUACUGAUUUUACGUGAAGUACAUUAAAUGAAUUGAUAAGAAAAAUGGUCGUUCUGUAGAGAAGAAUUCUUGUGAAUUCGGGCGAAAUGAAUAUUGCAAAUCAGGUCAUUUAAUAUAAAAAAAAUGCUUGUGUUCCAGACAUAAAUUGACAGCACAGGGAAGCCAAAACCAAAUACCUCUAUCAGUUAAGCUUAUGCAAAAAAAAAAAAAAAAAAAAAAAAAAAGCCAAGCGGUUGUCCUCUCCAAGAUCAUCUGAAUUCCUCCACUGGAAUGUUGUUGCUUGGCGCAUAAAUGGGUGAUGAUCGUUUCGCUUUCACAGUCUUACUAAAUGGAGACUCGCGUUCAAGAUGUUGAUGUGUUGCUCUAAUUGUAGCAUGCACUCUUUUGCUAAUGUGUACAUAAUAAAGAAACGGUUAUUUCCACACAAA